GUGACCGUGCGUGCUUGCCAGUGACCGACAAAAUGAAGUUUUUGGCCGUGACCGCGCUGUGCCUGGCCCUGGCUUCGGCCGAGAGCGCCAAGAAGGCCACCGAGGGCAAGAAGAGCGAGAAGCGAGGCAUCCACGAUCUCGGCUACGGCUACGGCGGCUCCGAGCUCGCCCUCGGCCUCGGCCACACCUACAGCUCCGGCUUCGGCUACGACCACGGCUACGGCGGUCAUGAGCUCAGCCUGCAUGGACACCACGAGCCCGUCAAGACCCACGUCAUCACCAAGCACGUCCCCUACUCCAUUCCCCAGCCCGUGCCCGUGACCGUCACCAAGCACGUGCCCUACAUCGUCAAGGUCCCCGUGCACGUGCCCGUCGACCGCCCGUACGAGGUGGCCGUCCCCAAGCCCUACGCCGUGCCCGUCGACAGGCCCUACCCCGUGCACAUCGAGAAGCCCUACCCCGUGGCCGUCAAGGUCCCCGUCAAGGUCGCCGUCCCCCAUCCCGUCCCCUACGAGGUCGCCAAGCCCUACCCCGUGCACGUCAGCGUGCCCAAGCCCUACAAGGUGCCCGUGGAGGUGCCCGUCUACGUCAAGGACCACCACCACGACCACUACGACAGCUACAGCCUGGGCCACGGCCUCAGCAGCCACUACGACCAUUACUAAGCGCGCCGACGAACGCGUGUCCGACCAUUCUGUGAUGAAGAAGUAUGCGUGUGUGAGUGAAUGUCACCAUUAAGUCAUAAUGUUAUCGAAUCCAUACCCCUCACCUCCGUAGCGAGCAUGAUGUGUGUCUAAGUGUUUGUACAUUUUUUUACUGUAAAAAAAAAUAAACCGACUGUUUUACACUAAGUACAAAAAGAAA